AUGCCUGUUAACCACUCUCCGCCCGUUUCUCCAACUCCGCAAUCUGCGAUAACUACCAGCGCCACCACCGUUACGCAGGCUACCUUUUCUUCGCAUGAAUCAUCAUUGACUCACUGUGCAUCGGCACCUGAUCUGUCCCUGAUUCCUAUCACCGCUGAGCGAAAGAAAAGGAAGUUUGAGGGAGAUGAUACUACCGUUUCCUCUGAGUUAACAAGAGAUAUAUUUGUCUCUUUCUCUAAUAAGCAGGAGAGUCAAUUCGAAGAUCUUAUGUUUAAGAUAAAUAACAUUAUUGAACAAAACAUCGAACUCAAAAAGAGCGUUGAGAUGAUGUCGAACCAAUAUGACGAGUUUUUGAGCCGUAUAUCGUCCCUAGAGUCAGAAAGAGUGCGUGAUAAGAAGCUAAUCCAACAACUUGAAGAAAAGAUUGAAAGUUUGGAGCGCUCAGCGAAGUCGACGGAAAUAGAAAUUCGUAACAUCCCAAGAGCGGAUAGAGAGACUAAAGAGGAUCUUUGUAACAUGGUUACUUACUUGGGGCAAGCGAUAAAUGUGGAUAUUAACCAAGCUAAUUUGAAGGAUAUACAUAGAGUUAGGACUAAAGAUAAGUCUAGUACAGUAGUUGUAAACUUUCAGUCUGCCGUGAUGAAGGAUAAGGUUAUCAAGGGGAUCAAGUCCUUUAACAAAGGCAAAGAUAAGUCUGAAAAGCUCAACACAACACACUUCCAUCUUGGAAUUGUUUCAUUCAAAGUACCACCGCUCAUUCGCCCUAAUCAACCUCCCGCUUUUGACGAUUUUGAGAAGGCCGAAUGCUUAGCUGACAGUUUAGAGGAACAAUGUUCCCCCAGUCUCGACUUGACCGACUCGACUCACAUUAACGUAGUUAAUCAAGAGAUCGCACGCUUAACCGCAAGCCCUCGUACCGAUGCCGAGCCUUUGUCACCAACGACGGCCACCGAAGUAAAAUCGUUAAUCAAAUCACUCGCUAGUAGAAAGUCCCCAGGCGGAGACUCUAUUCCCAAUAGAGCUCUGAAAAGCCUGCCGCCCGCCCUUAUCGCUCUCCUAGUAGCUACUUUUAAUUGUCUCCUGGCCAAUUGUACCUUCCCCGCUAAGUGGAAGGAAGCAAUUGUGAUCGGGAUCCACAAACCGGGCAAACCCCGGAACGUGGCAUCUAGCUACCGUCCCAUCAGUCUCCUCAGCUCUCUGGGGAAAAUCUAUGAGAGAAUCAUCUCCAAACGCCUCUGGGACGCAGUCAUUGCCAAAAAACUGCUCCCAGACGAACAGUUCGGCUUUAGACGAGCUCACUCGUGUCCCCACCAAGUACACCGCAUCACGGAGUACAUUCUCGCGGGCCUCACCCGCCUCAGACCCCACAGAACGGGAGCGGUCUUCUUUGACGUAGCGAAGGCGUUCGACAAGGUCUGGCACAACGGUUUGAUUUACAAACUGUACACUCUCGGCGUGCCAGACAGUCUCGUGUUCAUCAUACGAGACUUCUUGUCUAACCGGUCCUUUCGCUACAGAUUAGACGGCACGCUCUCGUCUUCACGUCCCAUCCAGGCCGGAGUCCCUCAGGGCUCCGUCUUGUCGCCCCUCCACAGCAGAAAGCGUACACCGUCUUCGCCGGCGAAGACGAGGUCCCUUGUUCCGCGUUCCCGCGCCCACCCGGGUGAGCGCCCGUCCGAUUAGGGCCCUUCUGGCCUCCUCCACUCAAGCGACAGCUCAAGCCGAGGUUCGUGGUCCCCGUCAAGGGGGGACGCCCUUGUGCAUGUCGCUA